AUGAACAAGGAUGAAGCUACAAAAAUCAAUCCGGAGGAUCUUAAUUGUCAAGUAUAUGUAAAAGAAUCUACAAACUCCAAGAAUGACAUGCAGGGGCAAAAUGGGAAUUGUGUUAAAAUCUCAUCAGCUUUUCCUGUGUUUAGAGUUUCUGAUGUUGUUUCGAAGCCCACUCUUGUUCCCGAUAUAGCAACGCUUCUUGUUUCUGUUCCAGCUGGGCCAAUUGUUUCUGAUUUAGCUCAUGUUCCAACGUCUCGUUUGGAAACCCCUCCCCCAACUGCUGAGUCGUUGGCAGAUGGAGCUGCCGUUCUUACUUCUGUCCCGACAGCCUCUCUUGCGGCUUCAUUUUCUGCGAUAUCAGCCUUUUCUACAAGGCUUGUUGGCUUUUCAGGUGGUUUUGGUCAUAUGGAGGGUGUUCAUAUGUCAGAAGAUUCGCUCACCCAUCCUCCCAGUUUUGCAAACAAAAUUUUCAGGGGUAAUGUUACCAUUUCAUAG